ACAAAAUCUAAUUGUUUAGUGACACUCAAUUUUCCUUGUAUUGAACCCAAAGACUAAUGUUAUUUGAUCCACUCAAAGUCAAAGGAAUUAAACAACUUAUCCAUGAAAGAAUAAUUUAAAAAUAAUAAUUUGUUAUAUGUUAAAGAAUUCUUUGACAGCUAUUAAUUUUUAAAAUUUUAAAUUAAUAUUAUGUUUUAGAAAGCAAAUAAAAAAAAUUCAAGAGACUUAUAAUAGUUAUAUAUACUGUGCUUUAUUUGUUGGAUGUGAACUUAAUUGUCAUUAAUCUAUAGCUAAUAUAAAUAUAUAUAUAUAAUUUAUAAAUGUCAAAAUAGGAUAAACUUACAUACAUUGUGCUCUCUUCUUUAUUAAUUCUCUCCUCAUUUCUCCUCUUUCUUCUUCAAAAAAAUUUAAUGAAUCCAUUAGAAGAACAAAACCUCCCAUUAUUAGAAGAAAUAAAUCAUAAUUUUGAAGAAGAAGAAGAAGAAGAAGUACUAAUCUCCAAUCAAGUAGUAAAUCAGAUACCAAAUAUCUCAAAUAAUCAUUCUAAUGAUUAUAAUGAUGAACUUGAUAUGGACUUGAAAGAAUUUGUCAGAAUAUUAGAGGAGACUAUACCAAUUAAUAUCGAACACUCGUCCAAUAAUCAUAUUGAGAGCUCCAUGCCAAUUACCAACACUAAUUCCUUACUAAAAUUGGAGAUUAAUAAUGAGCAUGAUGAAAAAGAACCACUAGCCGAAAAAAGGAAAAUGAAUAAGGUUAAAAGUGGUGGUUGUGCCUGUAAAAAGAGGAAUUGCUUGACUCGUAAUUGUAACUGUUUUUCUUUCGAAAACUACUGCGGAGGUUCUUGUGUAUGCGAUUAUUGUAUAAAUACAUCUAAAAAUGAAAAAAUAGUAGAGAAGGAAAGACAGAGAAUGAAAGAUCUAAAUCCACGCGCAUUUGGUUCAAAGAUAAUGAAGGAUCGUAAAAUUAUUGGAUGCAAAUGCAUAAAAUCAAACUGCAUAACACAAAAAUGUUCUUGUCUUAAGAUGAAAAAUGGUUGCACUGAAAGAUGUCGUUGUAAGAAUUGUCAGAAUACUUUUGGUAUAAAACAAACAACAACAAAGUCAGUGGCAAAUGGGACAAGCAUAGGAGAAAUUGUUAGUGCUAGUGAGCUUUCCAAACUUAUUGGUUCAAAUUCUAAUUUUGGCACAAACCCAAUACAAACAUUAACGACAGGAAGCUCAACAACAAUAAGUGAAAGGGAAACUUGGUUGGAAAUGGAUGGUGGGCUUAUUGGAACUGCUAAUUAAGCCCAAGCCCAAGCCCAAACCCAAGUCCGACACCAACACCAAAAUUUUGCUCCACGUUAUGACCAUUUUAGUCCAAGUUAUAUGAGAAAAUUACCUCUCUAAACAGAGAUUUGAAAUUUAUUACAGAUAUAACCAUAAUUGUUUCAUUACCGAGAGUUUGUAAAUUUAUUUGGUCCACCUAUAUACUAAUUCUUUCACCCAA